CGGACGAGAAUCAGGUGUUUGUCGGAAAUCUGCCGCAAAUGAUAAACGACGACGAUUUGCGCAACUUUUUCACGAAAUUCGGGAAGAUUUUGGACGUCCGUAUCAAUCGCCAGAACCAGAAGCAGGGAAACAACAACAAGACUCCCAACUAUGGGUUCGUCACCUUCGAGAACCCCGACAUUGUUCAGCAGAUCCUCAAACAAAAGCCCAUAUACUUCGAGAACCAUCGCUUCAAUGUGGAGGAGAAGCGAUCGCAGUCUGGGAGGGGAUCCAUGAGUUACGAGCGGAAUCCGAACCGCGAGCCCCGACCCGGAGGAAUGGGUGGCGGAAGUGGGGGCCGAAUGAACAACCCGAUGGGAAUGCGGCCGCAAAACGAUCGGCCGUCUGGUGGUAAUCCGCGAAACAGGAAUCCAUUCAAUCCGGGCGGCGGACCCCGAGGUCCCGGAGGGCCUGCAAGUGGCGGCGGAGGCUUCGGUGCCCCCAAUCGUAACAAUUCAUUCAACAACAGACAAAACCAACGCUAAGUCUCGUGUCUCUCAACCGUUAAAAUAAUUUCUAUCGAAAGCCAUCUCUAAAGCAAACAAAAUGUAUUUAAAAAUAACAAAAAACAAUAACAUUAUUAUAAAAAAUCGUUUA